AUGAUUGAAUAAACCAUAAAAUUCCACUUAAUGUUAGGUUUCCUUAUUCUUCCUGACAUAAUUAAAGGCAUACUAGAGAGCUAAAUCUCUAUUUUGAUAUGUUCAACAUUACUAUUUACCCUAUAAAUUGGUAAAAAUACUUAUAUUGAUGAUUAGUAUAACUUAUAUUGAUAGUUAAAUGUAAAAAAUAUGAGGAUUCAACUUGCUUCAUCCUAUUCAGCUAUAAUGUCAUUCAGCUUUUACAUUAUGGUACUCAAUCCAUCUGGCUAACAUUUUGUCUUUUACAAAUUUAUAAAACUAAUAAGGUGUAAUUACAAAAAUACAGUAAAGCUGUAUUAGUAACACUAAGCAUAAUAUUAUUUUCAUUUUCUUAUUAAGGUAACAUAGUUUAUUCAGAAUUUUAAUCAAUCAUUUAAUGUGUUGCAUUUUUACUGUAUGAAUUAAAAUAAGUGGAUGGUCAAAUUUCCAUUAUUGAGAUGGCUGAAAAUGAAAUUCUACAAGAAUUAAAGAAACAAAUGAUUGUUAAAAUAUUUGAUUCAAAUUAUAGGGACAUUACUCCAAAGAACAAAAUAUAAUUAGAAAUUAAUUCUUAUGUAUAAAUAACUUAAAAUACUUAAUUGGAUGAACAUCUUCAAUUUUAUAUAAAAUGUUAUUAGGACUAAGAUUUUACAAGCAGUCCUGAUUAAAAUUCAAAUAAAUCAUAAUAACUUGUAUUUCAAGAUUGCUAUUCUUUAUUGGAAUUUAUAAAUGGUUAAGAAUUAAUUUAAAGCAAUGACUAUAAUCAUUAUAUAGCAUCUUCAGUAGAUACUUAAAAGAAUAUCAAAUAAAAAUUUGUAGUUAUGCAUAAAUCCAUAAAUUAAGGAAAUUUAUAAAUAUUAUCAUUUUUGAAGAUAGAUAACUUCAUGAUAAAAUAAACAAAAAAAAAGUUUCAUUAAUUUAAAAAAUCAUUUACUGAUCUUUUUGCUCAUAAAUUAAAAACUCCUUUAAAUGCUACAUUGGGAUUUCUUUCUUCAGCCUAUAAUAGUAUUGAUGUGGAUAAUUAAACAAAAUCGAAUUUUAUUAAACCAGCUUAUAUUAAUUCAAAAUUGCAAUAUUUUUAAAUUUCAGAUUUAUUGGAAUUCUUAAGUACUCAGACAGAUAAGAUUAUAUUUUAAUCUAGUAAGAUAUAUAUGAGAUAAUUUUUGUAAUAAUUAUCAGAAUUGAUUGAAUCUUAAUGUAUAAAUAAAAGAAUCCUAUUUUAAGUCUUUGUUGAUUAGAUUCCAUUGUAAAAAAUUGAGAAGUAAUAAUUAUGAUAAUAUUGAUUAGUUUCUAUAUUAUAUCAGAUGUUAUUAAAUUGGAAAGAGUAUUAUAUAAUAUUUUGAAUUUUUCUUAUAGACAUACACCUUCUGGAGGUUAAAUAAAUUUGAAUAUCAAUUUUAAUCAAGAACGUACAGAAAUAUAUUUUAGUAUUGAUGGGAGUGGAGAUGGAUUUAGUGAUGAGGAUAUUGAAAAUAUUAAUUUAUGGAUUAAAUAAUAAUGUGAUUUUCAAUUCAAAAAAUAACACUUAGUAAUUAAAAAGGAAUUGAAAAUGUCAUUGAAGAUUACAAAUAAUUUAAUCAAUAUUUUAAGUUCUUAAGAAUAACAUUUAGAAGUUGCUUAAUCUGAAUUAGGUGUAGAAUUUAGAUUUAAACUUAACAUCAAAGAAAGUAAGACAGUAGAAAGUUAAUAAGAUAUAUAAUCUGUUGGAGUUAUGCUUAGAUAAAGAAGUUUAAAAAAUAUGAAGAGCUCUUAAAAUAAUUGUGGAACCAAUAAAUCUAUAUUCUCAUCUAAAGAUACCAAUAUAUAAUUGUAUACAUUAAAUGUGAUUGAUGAACCUUAAGCCAAUUAACCAUUAACAAAUAAGAUUCAUAAUAACAAAUGGUAAAGGAAAAACAAAAACUAAAAGUCUUUAUGUUCUUCAUUGAUAAAUAAAGGUUUGAUUGAUACAGAUAAAUUAAUUUUGAUUGUGGAUGAUGAACCAUUCAACCAUGACACUUUGAUUUUAUUGAUGAAAUCUAUGGGAUAUAAAAAUUUUCUUAAAGCAUUUAAUGGAUAAUAAGCUGUUGAAAUGGCUUAAGAAAAUUAAUAGAAUAUUUUAUUGAUUCUUAUGGAUUUAGAUAUGCCAAUUAUGGGAGGAAUUGAAGUAUUUAUAUUAUCUAUUUAUUAGGCUACAAAAAUAUUAGUAUAAAUGAUGAUUGAUUUAGAAAUGACUUAUGUACCAAUAAUAGGUUGUACAGCUCAUGAUGAUAGGGAAACAUUAGAUUUAUGUAUUGAGGUUGGAAUGCUCCAUGUAGUAUAGAAACCAGUCUUUGUAAGAACUUUACGAGAAGCAUUUUAACAUAUUAUUCACAAUGAAGAUUUUAAAAAGAAAUCAUAAUAUUUCUAAACUUCCUAGUUGUAAAUUUGA